UGCAGCCCAUUGCAUUGUGUAAGACGCGACCUGUUAUGGCCACCACUACUUCCGGGUUCCAGCAUUCUGGUCCAAACCCAGCUCUCCGCCUGUGCAACACACACUUUACACGCGCACCAGGGCUGGGAGCGAGCAGCAGCGGCCGGGGCUGCUAUAAGGCGAACUCAGACAUUUUCUUUCUACAGCUCCGUUGCACAGCUCUUUACUAACAGGGAACUCACAGAGGCUGGGAACAAAAUUCCAAGAGGCUGAAGGAUCAAGACUGACUGAAGGAAGAGAGAGCCUGGGUCUUACAGCAUUUUUGCAUCUGGACACUAUUUUCAGGGGUUUUGACCGGUGCAAAGCGAACAGUGGAUCAUCAUUCAUUCACCACCUUGACAAGCUCGCCUAUGAUUGACAGCUUAAGUGGCAGAAAGCCAUGAGACUUUGGUAGCUGGCUCCGAGGGGCACUUUUUAACUGAUUUUGGGGUAAACUGGGGAAUAUUUUACUUUCUCCCAUGUUUUUGGAGAGUUUAUAUUUUGCAGUUCAAGCUGAAGAUUUGGUUUAAAUUAUCACAACACUGGAAACUUUUAAAGAAAGGAUUUUCCACACAUUUCUUUUUUUAUCUUUUUUUUUUUUUGGUGGAAUUGCGUAAUUGUUUCUGUUCCACACUGGCCUUAAAUAGGAUAUAUUUGAAGCUGAAGUAGGAAGGAGUUAGGAAGGCCAAUGGCUCAAAGGUACGACGAGUUGCCCCAUUACGGUGGGAUGGAUGGAGUAGGGAUCCCCAGCACCAUGUAUGGGGAUCCCCAUGCUGCGAGGUCUAUGCAGCCGGUUCACCAUCUGAAUCACGGUCCUCCGCUGCACUCCCACCAAUACCCGCACACGGCCCAUACCAACGCUAUGCCCAGCAUGGGCUCCUCUGUCAAUGACGCUUUAAAGAGAGAUAAAGAUUCCAUUUAUGGACACCCCCUGUUCCCACUCUUAGCACUGAUUUUUGAAAAAUGUGAAUUAGCUACUUGUACUCCCCGGGAGCCUGGGGUAGCUGGCGGUGAUGUGUGCUCCUCCGAGUCUUUCAAUGAAGACAUAGCAGUGUUCGCCAAACAGAUUCGAGCAGAAAAGCCCCUGUUUUCUUCAAAUCCGGAAUUGGAUAAUUUGAUGAUCCAAGCCAUACAAGUAUUAAGGUUUCAUCUACUGGAGUUAGAAAAGGUACACGAAUUGUGUGACAACUUCUGCCACCGGUAUAUUAGCUGCUUGAAAGGGAAAAUGCCCAUCGACCUGGUGAUAGAAGACAGGGAAGGUGGAUCCAAGUCAGAUAGUGAAGACAUGAGCAGACCAGCAAAUCUCACAGAUCAGCCUUCUUGGAGCAGAGAUCAUGAUGACACAGCUUCAACUCGGUCUGGGGGUACCCCAGGACCUUCCAGUGGGGGGCAUACAUCGCACAGCGGGGACAACAGCAGUGAACAAGGUGACGGUUUGGACAACAGUGUAGCUUCACCAAGCACGGGGGAUGAUGACGAUCCUGACAAAGACAAAAAACGUCAUAAAAAGCGCGGUAUUUUUCCAAAAGUAGCCACAAACAUCAUGAGGGCAUGGCUAUUCCAACACCUAACACAUCCUUACCCUUCAGAAGAACAGAAAAAACAAUUGGCACAAGACACAGGUCUCACUAUACUUCAAGUGAACAAUUGGUUUAUAAAUGCAAGAAGAAGAAUAGUCCAGCCAAUGAUAGACCAGUCUAAUCGAGCAGGCAAGUCCCCAAUAGUAACUGUAUUCAAGUCACGCAGGCGAAAACCAUCCUCAAGCCAUUCACCGGGAGGUCUGUUACCUGUAAGUCAAGGAACACCAUAUAAUCCAGAUGGACAACCAAUGGGAGGUUUUGUAAUGGAUGGCCAGCAACACAUGGGUAUCAGGGCGCCAGGACUGCAGAGUAUGCCAGGGAAUUACAUAUCCGCAAGUGGUCCAAUGGGGAUGAGUAUGGGACAGCCAAGUUACAGCCCAUCACAGAUGCCUAUACAUCACGCUCAACUGCGUCACGGACCUUCUGUGCAUACCUACAUUCCUGGACAUCACCACCAUCCAGCAAUGAUGAUGCAUGGGGGACCACAUCACCCUGGAAUGCCAAUGUCAGCAUCUAGCCCCUCAGUACUUAAUACAGGAGACCCAACAAUGAGUGGACAUGUCAUGGACAUUCAUGCUCAGUAACUUAUGGGAAAAUGUAUUGUCUGCAAUGGCAAGUUUUGAAUACUGUCUUUCUGCUCCGACUGUGAAGUUCCAUCUUGGCAUCGGUAUAGGACCAAGACAGAUUCUUCAUAGGGACCCAAAAAGCAGAAAACUGAAAAUCAAAUUGGGGGACAUGAUAAAUAAUUAUAUAAGACAUUAUGAGAACAAAGAGUGAAAUAUUGUAAAUGAUAUUAUACUGUUAACCAUAUUAUGUUGUUUCUUAUAGAUUUUUUUAAAAAAAUGUGAAAUUUUUCCACACUAUGUGUGUUGUUUCCAUAGCUCUUCAAUUCCUCCAGAAGCCUCCUUACUUAAAAAAAGCCUUACAGUUAUCCUGCAAAUGACAGAAACUGAUUAUUUGCAGGUCAUAUUAGAGCAUUAAAGUAAGUAAGUCAGGCAGAAGAAUUUUUCUUCGAUCCAAGGAUUUCAGCCAUUCACUCGUUCUCUGCAGCUUUGUCUCAGUUUUUUUUUUUCUCUUUCUGUCUGUCUCCCUGCCUCUGUCUUUUGCCUGAGGCUUGAAUUUGCAUGUCUAAUUCAUUUACUCACCAUAUUUGAAUUGGCCUGAACAGAUGUAAAUCGGGAAGGAUGGGAAAAACUGCAGUCAUCAACAACGAUUAAUCAGCUGUUGCAGGCAGUGUCUUAAGGAGACUGGUAGAAGGAGGCAUGGAAACCCAAAGGCAAUGUGUUUGGAGCCCAGUUGUCACAUCAGUGUCCGCGUGCAGCAACAGACAUAAUGUACAUCACUUCCUGUUUUAUGCAGCUGAAACAUAAACUGAAGAAAAUUUUAUUUUUAAUAUGUUGACUUUUGUUCUCAGCAAAGCAUCAGUCGUACAUGCAUUUCCAUAGUCCCACCAUGGAACAUUUAUGUAUACAUUGUAAAUAAAUUUUGUGCAAAAA